UCAUCAAAGUAUUCUCCGUUUCCUGAGUGCACACAGACUCGAUGAAUAAUUAAAAAACAUAAAAAGAAGAGCAGAUUAGUGUGAAUUGCUUUUCAGUGUGACGACGAUGAAUUAAAAAGAUGAAUUAAAAGUAGAAGAGUUGUGUCAUGUUCCGUAGACGUCGUUGAAACUGAAAAAAAAAUCAUAUAAUAAACACAUUUCCUUUUUCGCAUGAGUCACAUGAGUCAUUAAUCGAGUAGGCGGAAGGAUACAUUGUCGUAAAAAUGCCACGAACAGACACUUUAGACAAGGGCUUGACGGGUUUGUCGAAAAAUCGGAGUCCUUAUCCGAAUCACAUGGUAUUGAAUGAUGGAGUCACGUUCGAUGUGCGAUAUAUUGGAUGUGUGACGGUCAAAAAGUCCAUGAAACAGUUGGAUUUCACGACGAGAUCUAAUGUAGCGAAGGAAUGCAUAAAUCGCGUGUGUGAAGCUGCAUCAUUAAAAUCAUCGAAAAAAGGACGCAAAGUUGACCCAAAAAUAUCGCAAUGCAUCGAGGAUUUGCCAAAUAUGAAGAAUGCCGGCACAAAUAUCUCACUUACCGUCUCCAGUAGCUUCCUAACUCUUGUAAAUGCCGACAAAAGAGAAUUAAUCGCAAAGCACGACAUGCCAAAAAUAUCUUUUGCAAGUGGCGGCGAUUCGGAAACUUUGGAUUUUGUUGCGUACGUUGCGAAAGACGAUCGAGAUUGGCGCGCUUGCUUCGUGCUGGAAUGCGGCGGAGGCCAGGCCCAAGAUUUAAUCGCGACAAUUGGACAAGCAUUUGAAUUGAGAUACAAUGAGUUUGUGAGCAAACCGUUGAUUAGUUUUCCGGAUCAAGAAUAUUACAAUGACAUGCCGGGAAAAACGCCGCCCGAAGGGGAUGUCUUCGUCGAACAAAAUACCAAGCCGUUAACCAUUAAAGCUCCUCGUGAACGAAUGGGAAGUCACAAUUUGAUCGAUUUGAAUAGUCCAACGUUAGAACAUGAAUACGUCAAUGACAGAGGAACGACAAGAGAUGUCAAUUCAAAUAAUCAAGCAGCAAGUUUGUUACAUGAACGAGAUGUUUUUGAUUUACAACCAACUCCAUUAUCCGCUGAAAUCCACAAGACACAAUUAAUAGCCGAGCCAUGGUACCACGGUUCAAUUAGUCGCAUCGAAUCGGAAAUUUUACUGAAGAACGACGGCGAUUUCCUAGUCAGAGACUCCCAUGGCUCCGUUGGGCAAUACGUGCUUUCAGGCAUGCAACAAACGACACCCAAACAUUUGCUACUCAUAGACCCUGAGGGCAUUGUUCGCACGAAAGAUCGUAUUUUCGAAAGUAUUAGCGACCUCAUCACGUAUCACUACCGCAACUCCUUACCAAUUAUUUCGGCCGAAAGUGCGCUCCUACUUAAGACGCCCAUUCCGAAAAAGUGAAAUUUACUCGAUCCUAAUUCUUUGGAAGCGAUUAAAGCAGUCAUCGACCUGAAAACGUGUUUUUCUAUGGAAGUUUAAAACAAAAAAGUUACACACAAAAAAAAAAUGAAUUUUGAGAUUUUUUGUAUUUUUAAAUGAUAUAUAUGAACAAACAAAAAAAUGCACAAAAAAUAUAUUUUUUAUUAUCAGACUGAAACUUAAUACAAACUUAACACAAAAUAUUGUUUGUAGUGAUAUAAGUAAGAACAAAAAAAAAGUAUGUAGAGAGGAUUGCACACAUUAAAAAUUAUUUUAAAAAAAUUAUUAGAGAGUAGCAAAAAAAAAUAUUACGAAAUAAAAAAAAUUACCACACAAAUGGCACUUCCUACCUAAAAAAAUUAUGUAAUUCUUCUUCUUAUAAAUAAGUGCCAAUUAUUGAUUGUUUAUCUUAUCUACGAACAA